AUGGCAUCAAUAAUCACCGAUGAAUGUCAACAUUUAAUCUUAAUCUUGUUAUGUUUCUUCGCAUUCUUCUGUUUUAUUUUAUUCUUCACAAAACCAACGCAUGCCGUCCAUUUGCCUCCAAGCCCUCCUUCUCUUCCAUUCAUCGGCCAUCUUCACCAUCUCCUCUUUUUCUUACUAGACAAGCCGUCUUAUUCCCUUUUUGACAUUUUACCCCACAAGUUCUUACAUACGCUCUCUUCCAAAUAUGGAACUCUCCUCCAUCUCCGAGUUCCUUUCUUCCCCUUCAUCCUCGUCUCUUCAGCCUCUGUAGCCUACGAGAUCUUUACGGCACACGACGUGAACGUUUCAUCUCGAAACCUCCCUACGAACGAGGGGUCCGUCCUGUUCGAUACGUCUGGAUUCGUUACCGCACCUUAUGGAGAGUACUUUAAGUUUAUGAAGAAACUCAUUGUUACAAAGCUGUUGGGACCCAACGCACAAGUCCAGUCUCGAAGCAUCCGUGCAGAUGAGCUAGAACGGUUACGUGGGAACCUGCUCGAUAAGGCGAGCAAGAAGGAGAGCGUUGAGGUUCACAAGGAAACGAGGAAGCUUGUAGGAAACAUCGUUGCCAGGAUGGCAAUGGGAAGGAGUUUUACAGAGGAGAACGGUGAUAUAGAGAGUAUCCAAAGUUUGGUUGCCAAAGCAAAUUCUUCCAAGAUAAUGACAGUUUUAUCAGUUUUGAUUUUAGGACAGCUCGAGAAGCUUGGAAUUUCAUGGUUCAAGAAAAGAACGGUUUUCAAAAAUUUCGACAGGCUGUUAGAGAGGUUUCUUGAUGAACACAAAGAGAAACCAAACAGGGAUCGAUGUAUGGAUAUGAUGGACGUGUUGUUGGCAGUUUCUGAAGAUGAAAAUGCAGAAUACAAGAUCACUAGGAACAACAUCAAGGCGUUUUUGGUGGAGCUUUUUUUUGGAGGCAUUGAUACCUCGGUGAACUCAGUACAGUGGACAAUGGUCGAGAUCAUUAACAACCCUGUUAUUGCUGAGAGAUUGAGAGAAGAAAUUGAUUCGGUUGUAGGGAAAUCAAGGUUAAUUCAAGAAAGGGAUCUGCCAAACCUUCCUUACUUGCAAGCGGUCAUCAAGGAAGCCCUAAGAUUGCACCCACCAGUGCCUAUCAUACCCAGGGGAUUCAAUCAAGGAUGUACGGUAGGAGGGUACUUCGUACCAGAGAAGACAAAACUUCUAGUUAACGUUUACGCUGUGAUGAGAGAUCCAAAUGUAUGGCAAAAUCCUCUUGAGUUCAAGCCAGAGAGGUUUCUAACUUGUUUGAGUUCAGGGCAAGAAGAGGAGAGAAAAAGGCAAGCACUCAAGUACCUUCCUUUUGGUAGCGGAAGGAGAGGAUGUCCCGCAUCAAGUCUAGCUUAUAUGAUAGUUGGAACAACAAUAGGAAUGUUGGUGCAGUGCUUUGACUGGAGAAUCAAAGGAGAGAAGGUCAACACGGACGAGUGCUAUACAGAAUUCACCCAAACCUUGGCUUAUCCUCUUACGUUCACUCCUGUUACUCGAAUAUCCAACUUUGACUUGGAUAAAUCACUGAAUACAUAA